CUGUACGUUUACUGUGCUUGCUUGGUUGAGAUAUUGUUUACCAAUCACAAGCUGUAACAGGACUUUGCCUUUUUAUUAUUUUAGUUUCACUUUUAAAACGCAAAACACUGUAAAGCUUCACUUGGUUAGAAGAACGGCGGUUUGUUCCCACACAGCGAAAGCUGUUGAUGUGUCACACGGCUGGAGGCUGUACCACGGGGAGGAGGGGGUUUGUGGUAAACACACAGAACAUCAUGAAGGCAUGCGAAUGGGAGAACUUGGCCAGCCGCUUCAGGAAAAUCGAGUCUCUGCUUGGUCUGGCUGGCUGCCUCCUUUUGCUCUAUGCAGUGUGGAGCCCGGACUGGAUCAGGGGCGAGGGUCUGUGGGUCACGUGUAAUGACACCUUCGCAGACCCUGCUGGAGAAAGCGCUCUGAAGGCUGAAUGUCCCAGGGGAGAAGGUGGAGUGAUGGAAGCGGAGCGGGUGUUUGCAGUCCUGGCCUUCAUCUUGGCUUUGAGCUGCAGCUGUGUGUGUCUGCUCUUCAUUUUGUGCUGGUCCUCUUACACCAGCAGGUCAUACACUUACACUUCCUCCCAGUUGAACGGGGGCCAGGUUCUCUUCCCAGGGACGCUCCUGCUGGUCAUCCUCUUCCCUACAGGUCUUUUCUUCCUCAUCAGCUGGUCUCUCUUUACCAGACACCACAGAGAAGAGCUCGCCGAUGACAUCACUCAACUCGGCUCCUGCUAUUGGCUGGGAGCCCUGGCUUGGGUGUUGCUGCUUGUGGCAGUGCCUGUCACCUUUGUCAUUGAGCAGUUUGUCUGCCCUGUCCCCCCGGCGGACACAUCUGCCUUGCUGGAGCCACACCGCCCCUCGCAGCAGAGGACUGGAGCAGGGUCAGUCUACAGGGUGGUGUGAUCAACCUCAAUCGGAAGGGACACAGCCUUAAGAUCAGAACAUUACAAGAGACCCUCGCUAAUGAAUGGGAAGAGACCACGUGGAGGGAUAUGUCACGGGACAGAUUUGUCUAAUUUGUAGCACUUUAUUGUUGUGUACUAUAGUUAUGUGUUGUAAAUCGUUGUAACACAUAGACAUAUUAACUAAUAGAUAAGUACCUACAUUAACAAAAUAUCAAAGCUUGGCUGCUUAAGACAGGUCAUUAUGUCAUUUUACACUAAAACAGCAGUUAUGAACCAGUUGUAUUAUAGAGUGGAUACAUUGGAACAAGUUCAAGACAUGGUGUUACUUGAGGUUACUGUAGUAACGAGGUCUGUCAUGCAUAACUAAUGUUAAAGUUGCAGGAUUGUUUGUAGCUGAUUGUGAAACUCUGCAUCUUGCACUACUGUCUGGAAUGGCACUUCGGGGGCUGAUCCACUUUAAGCAGAUAAACUAACUGGGACUAGCAAGAAACAGACAAUAUGCAUGUACAUGUGCUACUUUAGACUUUUGUAACAUUAACUUUUCAUUUAGAAAAAUAACAUAUCUGUAAAACGAAGCAUGAUAUGAUUUGCUCUAAAUGCAGAGCAAAACUGAGAACAGUUGUUAAAGAAGUUAUAGGUUCUGUCCUCUUCAACCCCAGGGACUUAUUGGAUCGGUUUCGUUUUGUAUUGUAUUGUACACAAUUGCAAGAAGAUAUGGAUUGAUAUAGAUUGUUAUUGUGGAACUUUGGGGAGGGGGUCAUCAUUUGAAACCCUCCCAAAACAUUUA